UAUCAAACGUAUGUGCAGUAUAACGACCACAUGCAUCUCCGGAAAGCAACAAGGAGUUCUGGGGCUCAACUGGAGGAUAUAGUGGAGGAGGGUGUUCUUGCGGUUGUUAAGGAUCCAGUGGAUGGACUUCCACCACCAAAGGUUGUCCGCAAGGCUCUGUUUCAGGAGGAAGCUCCAAAGGAUAGUGUGGGUGGGAAGGUAUUAUCACCGCAUAAAGUCGAGGAGGUGACAGCUUUACUGGUUUCAGGGGGAUCAGCCACGGAAACAUAUGUUGAGAAAGAGAAAAGUGGGGUUGCUGAACUUUCUGAUUCCAUUGGUGAUAUUGCUGUUGCGGUUGUGCAGGAACCUGCAGUACAAGAUCCUGGUGAGGUUGCUGCAACGGUUGUGGAAAGUGAUCAGGAGAAGGACGAUUCAGUCCCUAUUGUGGAUGAGUCUCUUGCUAUGCAGGUUGAUGCUGAUUUGGUAGAGGAGGGAGGGACUGAGGAUCAGGUUGUUUUUGGUAUGGAGGAGGAGACCGUCUCAGGCGAGGAACUCGUCCUUGCAGGGACGAAAUCUCUUACUGUCGAUGAGCCUCCACAUGUGGGUGCAUCGGGUCCUCCUAUGGUGGUGGAGAAAGCACGCAAGGGGAAAGGUCUUAUGGGUGUACAAGGUCUUGGAUCCAAGAAGCUGAACGUGUAUGUGUGUACACCACGCAAACGUCCAGCUAUCAAGAGCUCUGCUUCGGUUGGAGAGACAAUUACCCUGAAGCCACAGGAGGUGGAGAAGGGUAUCGCCGGUGGAGCUAACCCACCAAUUCUGAAGGGUUAUUAAAUGAAGAUUUUAAGUUGGAAUUGCGAGGGGUUGGGUAAUAAAGUUACAAUUGGAUAUCUCAGAGAUCUAUGGGGGAAGCAUAGGCCUGAUUUUUUGUUUUUGUCUGAAACAAGACAACUUUUUUCUUUUUUGGAACUUUUUGUUGGUCAUUUUGGUUUUUCAGCUUUAAAAACAGUUGAACCUAUCCGUUGUAGUGGUGGUUUGGCAUUAUUCUACAAUAAUAAUAAUAAUAGUAAUAAUGUUUCUUUUC